GUUUCUGUUUCAAUGUUUCUUCACUGUGCUAGUUUCUCACUUUUUGCUUCUGAGAGUGCACUUAUUGACCGGCGGUGGAUGCGUUUUGAUCUUCACGGUGCUGGUAACCAUUGGAGGUUCCAGCCAGUCAUGACGUGGUGGAAUCUUCGUUGGUGGAAUCUUCGUUGUUGACCUUCGAGUGAACUUAUUGUGUGGUGGGCGCUGGUUAUAAGUUCGAAACUUGUAAGCUCACAAGAUGGCACAAGGUAAAGGUAAUUCUGUUCAACGACGACGACAGAAAGCUGAAGGAGCUGUUCCUAUCAGUGCUGCUGGCGAAGGAGGUGGCGAAGGACCUCGGGCAGGUCCAUCACUAUCCGGACCAGUCGGACGUUGUGAGGUUAGAGCGGUGACUGUGCCGAAAAAAUCAUUAAGACCAGGAUAUGGUCGAGCAGGGCGUGGGACACUGCUUGGCGUGAAUUACUUCAAGACUUCAUUGUCGAAGAGAGUCGAUGUCCAUCAUUACAAUGUUUGACCACUUUGCCCACUGAGCCAACCUACAGCUAACGAAAAGUGGGUCUUUUUGUGCGUCAUGGUCUUGCAUUCUGAAUGGGAUAAAGUUGUCUUGUUUACCAGACCGUUAUUUCGGAUUUUGAAGCCAAUCAGAAGACUUUAUUAUUCUAUCCACUCCUACCACUUCACAAUUUGAAUGUAACAUUCGAUAUGGAUUUAAAUUUUGAGACGUUUGUAAAAUGCCGUUUCUACACAAGUUUUGAUUGAAGUAUCUCCAUCGCGCUGCCCGCAUUUGACAAUUUCGGCCCGUUGUCAGCAAGUAAAAUCGGUAACCCAUGCCUGCAGGUUUCAAUCGAGCCGGAAACCGUGAGCAAGAGGAUGUGCCGUGAAAUAAUGAAGAAGCUCCGCGAAACAUAUGGAAACGAAUAUUUUGAUGGUAAACAUGGAGCGUACGAUGGAGAAAAAUCUCUGUUUACGAGUGGGUGUUUACCGUUCAAGUCAAUGAAGUUUUCAGUACUCCUGGACAAUUUCGAGGGUUCCUCAUGUAGACCUGGUGACAGUGGAAGACCGAGUUCAGCCAGUCGUAGAGCAGAGCCUCUCUCACAGAGAAGGGCUCCAUCCAAAGUUAGGAAAUUUGAUGUUUCAAUUGAGUUGGCUGCAAAGAUUCGGAUGGAUGCGAUAGAGGAAAUGAUGAAGAGAGCGCUGGGUAGGUGUGAUCAGGAGCUACAAGAUCGAGCGCUGGACGCUCUACGUGUUCUGGACGUUAUACUCCGUGAAAUUGCUUCAAGAAGAGGCUACCUGCUUGUGAGAGACAAUUUCUUCCAUCCGAGUUUGGGUCAAGUUUGCGAUUUGGGCGAUGGUGUGGAAGGUUGGAGGGGUUAUCACUCCAGCGUGAGACCGACGCUGAUGGGAUUGAUGUUAAAUUUAGAUACCACUAUGACGGUGGUACUGAAGCCUACUCUGGUUGAUGAGUUUCUCAAGGAAAGGUUCAAUGUAAGAGACCUGUCUGGUUUGCAGAAAAGAGAUUGGGCUAAAGCGAAGGACAUGUUGAAAAACGUCAGAAUAGAAACGACUCACACGGGAGUGUCCCGAAAGUACAGAAUAUCGGGCUUCAGUGAUCGGUCCAUACGAGAAUUAAAGUUUAUGAAGGGGACGAAAGAUGGGAAUGGGGAGGAGGAAAUUUCAGUAUAUAAUUAUUUUUUUGAUACUUACUCGCGCAAACUAAAAAACCUAAAUUUUCCAGCGCUGGAUCUUGGAAACAGCAGGAAGCCAAUAUACAUGCCCAUAGAAUUGUGCAAGAUAGUUAGUGGACAGCGCUAUACCAAGCCGCUGUCCAGCAAGCAGAGGAUGGCACAAAUCGGUGCAAGCAAGCAGGCGCCGCAAGAACGACAAAAGAUCUGUGAGAAUGCGCUCAAAGUUUGCAACUACAGCUCCGACAAGCUGAUUGCGGAGUUCGGUUUACAAUUUGAUAACAAGCUUGCGUCCGUUUCUGGCAGAGUGCUACCUGCCCCUCAGCUCGACUUUGGAAAUGGAAAGACCGAGGAGCCCAAAGAAGGGCGAUGGAAUUUCAACCACAAGACCUUGAAAAAGGGAGUUACGAUAGCCGCUUGGGCUGUAGCUGUGUUCGACCCCUGCUGCAAUGAUGGAGAUCGAAUCGCAUUCCAGUUGAUAGAGAGUUGCAGCCGACGAGGCAUGGUGAUGAAAAGUCCGGCGGUGGUGCAGAAACAGCCGAGGAAUUCGUUUGGAUCUUCUCCUGAAGAAAGAGUGGAGACGAUGUUUAAUGCUUUGAGGCCGUACGCGCCUGUGUUCAUUCUUGCUAUUCUAGCAGAAAAAGACAGUCCCAUUUAUGUUCCUUUCAAGCGGUUGUGUGAAAUUAGACUUGGAAUAAUCUCGCAGUGCAUGGUGAAGCCGCGAACUCUGAACGAUCAGUUCCUAGGAAACCUUGCGUUGAAGAUUAAUUUGAAGAUGGGAGGAUUGAACUCGCCAUUGAGUCAGCGGAUGUUACAUUGCCUUGGUCAGUCGACCAUAAUCUUCGGCAUGGAUGUGACCCAUGGGUCUCCUGGGGAUGUCGAAAUACCCUCAAUUGCGGCAGUAGUCGCAACGAAGAAUUGGCCCGAGGUAUUCCAUUAUUCGACUCAAGUUAAGGUCCAACCAGCCAGGAUGGAGAUGAUUCAAGGGCUGUAUGAACCUGAAGGUGGCAUGGUACGAGAAUUGCUCAUGUCGUUCUAUUCGACAUGCGCCAAAGGCGUCAACCCGAAGCCAUCCCAAAUUAUAAUUUACAGGGAUGGAGUUAGCGAUAGCAUGUUUGCGAAAUGUUUGGAAGUUGAGUUCGUCGCAUUUAAACGAGCUUGUGCAGAACUCGAAGCGGGUUACAAUCCCGGAAUAACGUUCAUUGUGGCUAAAAAGCGUCACGGCACGCGCUUCUUUCCUCAGAGUCGAGAUGCGUUGCGGAAUGGGAACGUUCUACCAGGAACUGUUGUCGACAAGGAUGCGUGCCACCCUCGGAAUUUUGACUUCUUCCUCAUCUCUCAGGCCGGCCUCAUUGGCACAGCUCGGCCUACUCACUACACAAUACUGGUGAAUGAAAACCAGCUUGGGCCUGAUGAUAUUCAGACCUUGACCAACAAACUGUGCUACACGUUUGGACGCUGUACCUCAUCCAUCUCGAUGGCGGCUCCAGCCGCAUAUGCUCAUAUUCUGGCAUCAAGAUAUCGGAAGUUGAUGAGUCCUUUGGAAGGAGGAUCUACUACAUCGUCAUCGAGCUCUCGAGGAAUAGGUGUUUCAAGACCUUUACCACCAGUCCCGAUUUUGCGGAUGAAGGCAGAUCAUUCCAUGUUUUUUUGUUGAGUGAACAGCUAGCUAGAAUUUCAAGUUAUUCAGAAAAAAAACACAACGAUAUUGCGUGCGGAAGAGGGCCUCCAAUACUCUUCUUAUUGUGCACAAUUCAGAGUUUGCUGUGCUCAGCAUCUAAGGUGGGAUGGAGUGGGUGAGUAGGACGAUUUUAUGUUCCAGCCAAAAGUGUACAUAAUUGCACUUUUUGUGAAAAGAUAUGAUUUGCCGGAAGUUCUUGUGGUUAUUCCUGUUUGGAAGUAAGUGUGUGUACUUACCACUUUAAGUACAACUAUUACCCAGAAAUUUUUCUGACAUAUUGUUUUAACUGAAAAUUACCCGAUUUAACGUUGGUUCA